AUGGCCACUUACACCGGUCAUUGUCUCUGCGGUGGUGUCAAGGUUACUUUGAAUGAGCAGCCCCCUAGAUCACUUCGUUGUUUCUGUCGCAAUUGUGGUCGCACCGGUGGCGGGUCAUCGAUUAACUAUGUACUUGAUGAGGCCGACGUCAAGUUCCUCGCCACCUCCACGUUGACGGAUUUUGAAGACUCCCAGACGGAGAGUGGAAACACUGUGUUGCGUCAGUUCUGCGGUCGUUGCGGCAGCGCGAUUGCAAGCUGUAGCCCUCAAUUCCCGGGCAAGAUUCUUCUCAAGGCAUCUUUGUUCGACGCUAUCUCGCAACCUGACUCGGAGGUUUUCACCUCCCGGCGCCCAAGCUGGGAGUCGCCUGUCGAAUCUGCUCAGCAGAAAUGA